UAAGCCUUUGUUAGCCUUCUCCUUUUUGCAUUCCAAAUCCUUUUGCUCUUUCCACCUAACUUCCUUCCCCAUUUCGCCCUUUACAUCUUUGCGGCCGUUCAAACCCAACACUGCCCCUUCGCCGCAUACUCAUUUCUCGUUUCUUUAUUUUCCUCACUCUGUUCUACUUCUUCUACUGAUUUUGUUCUUAUUUGGGUUCAUCUAAUUUGUAAUUUCCCUCGUUGAAAUCCUUAAAUUCGUCCAGAUUUGCUAAUGCCUCCAUUUUUCUUGCUAUGAUCUCUUGAUUUCGCUGUUGAGCACAUUUUAUUCGGGUUUCUUUUUGUUUUUCUGGAUCUGGGUAUUGCUGAUUAUCGAUAAUAUAGCUGAAAUUUUCUGUUCUGGCUUCUGGGUUUUUUCCAAAUCUGUAAAUUAUUUCUGGGUUUGUGAGAUCUAGCACAUUGGGCCUUUAUUUUUUGUGAACAUGGCUUACGACCAUUUGGAUCCAUCAAAAGGCUAUUCAGUUGCUUCUGGGCCAGGUCCAGCUUCAAAGCCUGCAUCUGAAAUGAAGAUCUAUCAGUUCUUUGUUUUCUGUAUUCCAAUUGUUGUCACAUUCAUUAUUCUCCUCCUUUUCUAUCUCCUUUAUCUUCGUCGCCGAAGGGCUGAUUGGAGCUCCAUCCGAAUGCGAACCUCCACUGCAGUCAACAACAAUGACAUCUCAACAGCUGAAGUUGGGUUGAAGAAGGAAUUCAGGGAGAUGCUUCCCAUUAUUGUGUACAAUGAGUCAUUCUUUGUCACUGACACACAAUGUUCAGUCUGUUUAGGGGAAUACAAAACAGAAGAUAAGCUUCAGAAGAUACCAUCAUGUGGGCACGUAUUUCACCUUGAAUGCAUUGAUCAUUGGCUAUCCAACCACACUACUUGCCCGCUCUGUCGCCACUCUGUCCUUUCUCCGUUGCCUCAAACGCCACAUGUUCAGAUCGAUAUGGGACUCGAGUCAUUGAAUGAACAGCAACACGAAGAAGCAACUCCUCCAGACAGUAAUCAAGCUUGUCAACAUACAACAUCUCCGGUGUAAGACUACAUUGGAGAGGGGGAAGAAUCAUUCAUUGCUGCAGUAAAAAGGGAUGCAUCAUUGGAUAAUUCAUCGAGAGGAGACGACCCGAGGGAAAACUUGGUACAUAAAUAGCUGUUCGAUUGCAAAUUAUCAAUGCCAUUGACCCUCUUUUUAGGACCAUCACAACUUCACAGUACUUUGUUCCAUAUCCAAACAGAGCAGGAAGCUCUUGUUCUUUCUUAGCAACACCAUUUAGCAGAAUGGUUAAAUCAAUUCUUUGUUUUUGAGCUCAUUGGGACCAACCUGGCAGAACAGACCCUACAAGACCAGACAUGUAAUCUAUGUAGUCAUAACAUAUAUAUAAAUAAUUUCCAGAUUGUGAUAAGGUUUUAUUUGACUA